AGGAUGAUAUUAAAAUGAACUCUUUUUUUAAUCUGAAGUUGAGGGGGAAGCUACUCUUGCAUAGUUUCUCCUCUAGUUUCUAUCAAUGCUUGCCUGUUCUCUCAGUACUUUUGUGACAUUUUUCGUUGCCGAAGAGUAAGUAAGAGGCAUGUGGUUUGUGUCCUUCUCGGCACAAUGUAACAUUGAAAGAACUUGGAGCAUGCAUAUAAUCACAAGGUCUUGAAACAGUUGUUUACUUUGUCAACAUUUCAGAUUUUGCCCUUUAAAGAUAAAACUCCUUGAUUUGGCUUUUAACAGGACUCCUCUAAAAGGCUGUAUUGUUUUCACUUCAUUGUACAGGGAAUUGUGGGACCUUAGGUAAAUACAUUGAAAAGAGAUGCCUUUACCUUUCCAGUCUGAUAAAUGUAGGAAACCUGUGAUGCUAAGGGAUAAGCACUGGCGAUCUCUGGGUUUUUUUAAUUUAAAAAAUCUUUAAAAGAAAACUUCGAGACCUCUGUAUUAGUCAAAAGGCCCUUGCUAGGUUUGUGUUGCUGCCUUUUCCACCCUCUCUGAAUAUGUGACUAAUAAGAGGGAAGCUUGCAGUGUGAAGUACAGGUAAAAUAACAAAGUGAAUGCUGUCUUGUGCCUGCUGUGUAGCAGGCAGAAAUUAAACAGGAAAGGAAAAGAAAAAGCCCCUCCAGUGUUGUUUCCUGCAAAGACUGUUCUUAAGAGCCCGUUGGACAGCGCGGGGGCUCUUGAAGUGAUAGCUAAUUGGCAAAAGAAAGGCCCCAAUUGUCUUGAGGGGGCUGGAAAGUGCCGCGUGUGCUUCUGAAAAGGACUAGGGAGAAGGUGCCCGGUUUCGCUAAGCAGCUGCUGUUGGAGAUGUUUGGAGAUUACAUCAGCAUUGGGAAAAAAGAGGCUGGAAAAAGAGAGAGAGAGAGAGAGAGAGAGAGAGAGAGAGAGAGAGAGAGAGAGUCUAACUUCACAGGGUGUGAGAGAGAGAGUUUAUGGAGGUUGCCCCCCUUCUUCCCCUUCCAAAGAUCUUCUGACAAUAAUGUCAUUGUCAAUAUAAGAGUUGUUAAUUCUUUAUGAAUAGUACAUGGGGCCUCUUGACUAAAUAGUACAUGUCCCAAAUCUGUCAGCUGGACUCUUCCUUCACAUGCUAGUGAGAUCACUUUGAUUGGAAUGUUACAGGAAUGGCUCCAUCCGCCACACAGCCCUGAAUACGACAUUAUAUAAUUAGAUCUCCCAGAGCAGUGAUAGUAGUAGGAUUAGUAUCCCCCCUACCCCGUUACCUCAUUAUUGUAGCUUAAAUAUGGGAUCAGGCCCUUUGAUGAUUUUAGUGGUUGUAAUUAUAUUAACGCGAUUCAUUUUAUGGUCCUGUUUCAGCGCUUAUUUAGAUUACAAACUGUCCCGUAGGUUUCCUGAAAAGAGGAAGGACUCUUGAAAGAGCUCAUAUGCAUUUUCAAUGAACAAAUGGUGCCUUACUGGACAAUGUCAUAGAACAGGACACUCUUUUUUUUAAAAAAAAAACUUUUCAAAGGGGCUAGUUAAUGAUUCUUUUCUUCAUAGGGUCAACUGAGUUUAGGGUCCAUUUGUUUAAAUAGGCCUAGAUUAUAAUAAGCAGCGAAUUGCAAAGUAGUCCAGUCAACUGGUGUUCAUGAAGUUGUUGCUGGAACAGACCUGUAGCCAUUUGCUACCUAAGUAUUUGGAUAGGCUGAAUGCAAUCUUAUUGAAUCCAGGCAGCCAAUUGGACAAUUCCACUGUCUUGACAAAGUGAGAUGACUUCCUUCCUGUUGCACAAGUUGCUGACCUGCUGCCUGAGUCUACAACAGCUGCCUAUAUGCAAAGACUCACCCAUACCAACUUGAAUCAGGAAGGUCAGCAUCCCUCUGAAGCACUGAUGUAAAUAGUUGCUUCUAAAAAAACAAGAUGGACAUGUUUGGAAGUGAUUGUUUAGAUCUCAACAUUCUAAAUGGAUCUGGGCUUUGAAGACAUGCCACUCGAAAACUGUUUAAUUAAAAUGAACCUCAAUAGUGACUGUGAAUAAAUGGCUUGGCUUGCUGUAUAUACUUCUUUUCCUUCCUCAUUUGCAGGGAUUCAGAAGUUGACUAAGUGGUACAAUACCAAUGAAGUGAUCUUGGUCUGAGUUAAAGCAUUGGUGCAUCCAGCCCAGGACUGCUUAUUCUGACCUGCAAUGGCUCCCCAAGUCUUUAGGGCAAAGGUCUUGCCCAGUUCUGCUAACUAAAACUAAAAUAUCAAUCUCUGGAAAUCUGAUACAUUGAAUUCAACAAGGCUCCUUUCUGAGUAGACAUGGUUAGGAUUGUGCUGUAAGAUCCUUUGAUAUGCUGGUGCUAAGAUCUGGGAUUUUCUGCAUGCAGAGCUUUAUCACCUAUAUAUUUGAUAG